AUGCGGGUGAAAGAUCCAUCAAGAGCCAACCCUGAGAAACCAAAGAGAAGCAAAAGGCCUAACAGGCCACAGGAUGAAGACUCUUCAGAUGAUAUUUCAGUAGGCUUAACCUGCCAGCACGUGAGCCAAGCAGUGGAUGUGCAUCAUGUGAAGAGAGCGGUAGCUCAGAGUGUUUGGUCAAUAUGUGCAGAAUGUCUGAAGGAGAGGCGGAUGAGUGAUGGUGAGCCCGUGGCACCUUCGGAUAUAUGGCUGUGUCUCAAAUGUGGCUUUCAGGGAUGUAGUAAGAACUCGGAAGGCCAACAUUCUCUGAAACAUUUCCAAACAGCACGCGCAGAACCUCAUUGCAUUGUUAUCAACCUCAGCACAUGGAUCAUAUGGUGUUAUGAAUGUGAUGAAGAGCUGUCCACACAUUGCAACAAAAAGGUUUUGGCUCAGAUAGUUGACUUUCUUCAGAAACAUGGUUCCAGGGCUGAACCAAGUUCAUCAAAAAUCAUACGACUCCAUGAAGAAAACAGUGAAACAAGUGAAAUACUGAAAGGAAAAAGUUCUGGUAAUGGUGCAUCUGUUCCAGUCAAAGGAAUAAAUAAUUUAGGAAAUACGUGCUUUUUUAAUGCUGUCAUGCAGAACUUGGCACAGACUCAUCUACUAAAUGAACUUAUGUAUGAGAUGAAGGAGAAAGGAACGAAGUUAAAAAUCUGUCAUACUGCAGACUCCCAAUUGGAUCCUUUGGUGGUAAACCUCUCCAGCCCGGGACCCUUGACCUCAGCAAUGUUCUUGUUCCUUCACAGCAUGAGGGAGGCUGGAAAAGGUCCUCUUUCUCCCAAAGUGCUGUUCAGCCAGCUUUGUCAAAAGUAG